CUCAUCAUGCCGCAGAGCAAACAACCCGCUUCUGGAACCGAGCCAAAGAAGCGCUCUCGUACAGGAUGCCAUGGCUGCAAGAACAGAAAGGUCAAAUGUGACGAAGCAAAACCGCGAUGCUCGAGUUGUGUAAAACAGAAUGAGGAGUGCGACUACUCUCUGAAGUUGCAAUGGGGAGGCAGGAGCAANAAAGAGCAGAAUGCCUUCUCAGCCAUGGCAAGUGCGACCUCUGGAUUCUCUACCAUUACUUUUGCAACUCCUAGCCAGCCGCCCAACGCGAUUGCCUCACCAUCGGUUCAGGCACCAUCUAUUUCCGAGAACCGGGAUCUCGGAAUAGAAAAUGCUUCUGANGAAAGUGGUAGCGAUGCUACCACUCAGCCGACACCUCUUGAUUUCAAUGCUGGACUUGACUCUCAGGCCAGCUCAUACACGAGUCGAUCACCAGCUCAACAUGAAUCAACUGGUUCGUAUUCCGCUUUGCCACAGUUUGCGCUGCCAAACCCAUAUUCGUCCAUGAAUCCUCCAACAGGGCCGUACUAUCGAAGCCCUAGUCUCACGCGACCACCUUCACCAUACGAGUUCGGGUGGUCUAAUGAAGACAGAACCAAGAGGAUCCGACUGGAGUCUGGCGAUGGCACAGCAUGCAGCCUCCCGCCACUAUUUGCUCGACCUGGACUUCCGGAACCCAGUCUCUCAUCNUUUUCACCAUAUGAUCAAGCUUCACCAGGAGCACCUCAGUAUUGUUCUGCGCCUUCACCUCUUACUCCUGGUCCAUCGAGUGCUCGUGCGUCUCCUAGCCUAAGGAGGCUGUCUGUGAAUUACCUGCUCUCUGGCCCAGCAGGAGACAUUGCUAGCCCCAGAGCAUCCUACGAACACUUUAGCGGCUUGCAUCCCAGACGUGAAGACGGAUUUACAGUUUACGGCUAUGAUUGUGGCUUGCCUGAUCUGGACAUACCAAAGAAUGAUGACAAUACCGCAAUUAACUCGCAAACACCUGCAGUAUCUAUGAAUUCGCCCAGUACAUUGUCUGACACUGCAUGGUCACCCUCGCAACUAUUCGAGUCUCCCGUUGAGAAGCCUGCUUUCGAACGGGGUGGUUAUUAUGCUCGUCCUGUCCUAAUAAGAAUACCCUUGGAUCUCGAACCACUGCCUGCACAACUUUUAGAGAAUCCAAUGAAUCUCAUAUACUUCCACCACUUCUUGAAUCAUACAGCUCGGAUAUUGGUACCGCACGACUGCCCUGACAAUCCUAUGAAAACUACUUUACCACGCACACGUCUGCUCUGUCACCCAGAGCCUGCUAAUCGCCUCGCAAUAUGGCUUCGAGAUGUGUUUCCAGAUUUACGGCGGUCGCUUUCCUCGAAUGAGCCGGUGUCAAACGCAACACUGACGACUGCGAUCAUGUUGGCGUCCCGAGAGUGUAUUAAUCCAGACAGCCUUGAUGUACCGAUACCUUGGCAAAGCCACCUUGAGAUUGCUCGACAAAUCAUCAUCUCUCGUGGUGGGCUCAAAGAUAGAGGUAACGACGGAGAUUCNUUUGUCAAUUUUCUUGCAAGAUGGUUCGCCUAUCUGGACGUCAUUGGCUCUUUGUCUGGUCAUCGAAAUCAAGCACCGUUGGAUGACAAGUAUAUGAUGUUCGACUCGAAUAACCAGUCAGACGCUUACGGAUUUACGAUUGACUGUUUCUUCGGCUUUACCAACUGUUGCAUCAGUCUGCUAGCCCGAGUUGCGAGACUUGCUCGUCAAUGCGAUGCCCAGCGUAUCGACGAGCAAGGCGACACGGAUCCUGACUGGCGACCCUCAGAAGAGAUGCUCAAAGAAGCAGAAGCUUUAAAACAGGAGCUGUCACACAGUAGACAUCACGUACAAAGAGGCUGUCGCCACAGCCUAGACGAAGACGAAAGGUCUAGCGAGAGAACACGACUGGAACUGCAAGAGAUGGUCUCAGUAAACGAAUCUUUCCAUCUGGCUGGCUUGAUUCACUUGAGUCGGAGAGUGCUGGGGAAAACAUCGACUGAUCCUGAGAUACAGCAAUCCGUCAAACUUGUUCUGCAAGCACUAAAGGAUGUGAGGAGAGGCGGCACUGCAGAGUCGAGUCUGCUGUUUCCGAUGUUCACGGCCGGAUGCGACGCGCACGACCCUGAAGACCGGCAGAUGAUAUUGGAGAGGCUCAAGCUGGUUGAAGGGUUGGGUAUGACUUAUACGGAAAGACUAAUCUCUGUGGUUGCANNGGUACGAAAUGCACGACACUUGAUGGAAAAAUCAUGGGACACUGGCAAGCCUUGGGAAGUUCUGGUCGCUGGCGAGUUUUUGGGUUAA